CCAGUGGCGUGGCGCUUAGGGCUGGGUUGGAGAUGCCCUGAAGUCUCCAUGUCUCAGCUCAUCUUCACAAUCCCCAAACGACUUGUCGUUUCGCCUUCACUCACUCUCCUCUGCGCUAUUCACACUCACAGAAUAGCUUCAACAAGAACAAGACGGACACUGUGUUCCAACAUGUCCUCCAACUCAUCACCUUCCCCUUUGACUCAUUCCAUCGUUCUCCCGUGUCAACUCAGCCAACCCGUCCACGUUGUCGCUGCCCCUGGCCUCUCUGAAGCCGAGUUCAGGAGUGCUGUAGAGUCAAGUUUGUUGAAUCAAUGGUUGAAGAACUUGCAAGGCCAAACUGGGAUUUUAGCCAGUGGUGAUAUGCUUCUAAAACAAGUUCUCAUUCAGGGAGUGGAUAUGUUUGCGAAGCGCAUUGGUUUUCUGAAAUUUAAGGCGGAUAUUUUCAAUAAGGAGACAGGAAAAAAGGUUCCAGGUAUAGUAUUCGCACGAGGACCAGCUGUAGCAGUGCUGAUUCUUUUGGACUCAGAAGGUGAGACUUAUGCUAUUCUUACUGAACAGGUUAGGGUUCCCACUGGGCGUCUAAUUUUGGAAUUGCCUGCUGGGAUGCUGGAUGAUGACAAGGGUAAUUUUGUUGGCACAGCAGUUCGUGAGGUUGAAGAAGAGAUUGGCAUUAACUUAAAUGUAGAAGACAUGGUUGACCUCACUGCCUUCCUGGAUCCAUCUACAGGAGGCAGAGUUUUUCCUUCUCCGAUGGAGAUAAAAGAAGGGUUCUAACAAGUUGGUAUCAGAGCGUAGUGACGAUUGGGGAAUGGUUGGAGCAAGGAUGGAAAACAGAUUAGAUGUUGUGGAGAAAGACAUGGGAACGAUGAGAG